AUCCCUUUUAAUGGUCCUUUGUAGGUGUUGCUUAAGGUACUAGUAUAUUAAGUUGAUAACAUUAAUCAUUCUCACAGUGACCUCCGUUGGUCUGAGGACUCUAGUCAACCUGACAACAUUGGACACCUUGCAUCUCACCUACCACCAAGGGUUAAGUGAUGCAGUCCUGUCCGGUGUUGCACAUCAUUGCACGAGACUGAGAGAGCUCAGGAUCGGUGGAUGUGCCCUCCAGAACAUCACCGAUGCAGGGAUGCAAGCCCUGGCAUACUCUCCUUGUCUUGAGGUCCUCAACAUCAGCUACCAUGGAAAGGUGACUGAUGAUGGGAUAAAGCAUCUCGCACUAGCUGGUAGACUUCGUAAGCUGGUGGCUAGGUCUCUGCACAUCACUGAUCAAGGUAUCGGUCACCUUGCUGCUCACUGCCUGAGACUGUAUGAGCUUGAUGUGUGUGGGUGCACUGCUCUAACCAUCAACUCUGUUCAAGUGUUUCUUGAAGCCAGGGAAACCAUGACAGAAGGCAGAACAGCAUUGAUGCUCAAUUAUGGAGGGACUGCAAUAACUGAAGCGUCAUUGUCUGAGCUUGGUGACAUUGAUUCUAGUGUAACGGUAUGUCUACAGAACUUCAAUGCCCCACCUGGCCAGUGCUACCCAUCUCUUCCUUAUGAUGAUCGGUCAGCAGAUUCGAAUGAUGAAAGUGAUAAAGAAGACGAGGAAGAUUUUGAAGUAAACGUUGAUCCACUGGAUGAUGAACGCCCUCUACUAAAUUUAGCAGCGCAUCUCAGCUUCCCUCUCAACAGGCAGGGAAACGACAUCCAGAUAGAAUACCUUCAGGUGCCAGCCGAAUCAAAUGAACCUUGGGAUGGGGUCUUGGACCCAGAACCUGCCGGACAUCAGGGUAGUGGCCAUGUGGUUAGUGGCCCUGAACCAUUUGUGGAGGUUAGUCAAGAUGUGCCUAGGGUUGCGGGUAUGGAGGACAUCAAUGGAGGUUUGAACCCUGAGCCUGCUGACAUGUCAGGGCUUGCUGGACCAGGUCACUUUGCCCAUGCUAACCCGGAGCUAGCUCAAUUCGUAGACGUGGAGGAGCACCUGAUGGCCAGCGACCGUCGAAGGGGUGGUUACCAUGGAGACUAUGCUAUAGCGGAAGAAGAUGUGGAUGAUUUCUUGGAUGCUGAUGACCCGGCUUACAUGAAUGAUAGGUUUUUCAGUUGAAGGAGGGAAAUCAGGUGUCGAAGGAGAUAUUGGAAACAAGAUGAAGUUAGGCCUCUCUGAAAAUCUUGAAUGUUGAUAACCCAACUUACAUUGAUGAUCAAGGAUAAUGAUAUGUGAUGGUGGUAACUGAUGAUUCAUCCGUUGAGUGAUGGUCAACUGUAAGGUCCGAACGCUUUGAGCAGAAGGGUCAAAUCAGGCCAAUUUGGGUCUUUCAGAUAGUGUCUUUGUGGUGUCACAGGAUCUAUUGUUUUCUCACAAGAAAAUUUAUAAUGCUGAUGCAUAGUUGAAUACCAUGUAGAGUUGAAGAUGUGGAUACAGUUCUAUUUAAUAGAAUCUAAUGUGCUUUAUGAUAACGGUGCCUUUUAAUUGUUUUUCCCUUUUAAUUUGUCUAUGGAAAUGAUAUUUAGAUGGUCCGAGUGCUGUAAAUCCUAAAAUAGAACUUGCCAGAUAGGAUAAUUCAUUUAAAGGUCUUUCAAGAUGAAUCCAAGGAAAAACAGAAAUUCCAAUGGCAUUUGAAGAAAUGCCUACCAGUAUAUGAUUUUCUUAUCAAGUUUGUUAGGUUAAGAAGGUAAAAAAGCAGAGUAAAGUUAUUUGGGUGUCAACUUGAAACUUGCAUUAAAGGUUAAAGCAAUACUUUUAAAGCCAUAUUUUUGAGAAGUUAAAACUUCCUAGAGAGCUUCCAUUUAACAUAAUAUGUUUUUCACAUUCUGCAUGUCUUGUGUCUUUAUGGAUCUUUGCUACACAAAAUGUAACAACAUUAUUCAACAUAUCAUUGUUUUUUUUAAUAAAAAAGGAGAAAAAAAAGUUGAA